UCCACAAAGCCACAUUCCUAACCCGGAAGAAGAGGACAGAGGAAAACGACGGUAGAGAAAUUGUUGUGGACUGUCCACAGAAAUACUUUUGCUAUUUAGAUAAUCCAACAAGACUGAAAGCAAAUACCACCUGAGGCAGCGUACAUUUGCAGCAGGUUUUAGCCUCGUCGUGCACACGUUAGAGAUGUCGAUCGUGCCUCCCAGUCGCUCGUCUACCGGCUGGCCGCGCGGCAGCACCGUUCAGUUUGGGAACAAAUACAUCGGCGGGCCUGCUAAACCGCUCACACUGGAGAGGACCAUUAACCUAUAUCCUCUUACCAACUAUACAUUUGGCACCAAGGAGCCUCUGUAUGAGAAGGACAGCUCAGUGGCUGCACGUUUCCAGCGGAUGCGGGAAGAGUUUGAUAAGAUGGGAAUGCGAAGGACAGUGGAAGGUGUUCUGAUUGUCCAUGAACACAGGCUACCUCACGUCUUACUUCUGCAGCUUGGCACGACUUUCUUCAAACUGCCUGGGGGAGAGUUAAGUCCAGGAGAAGAUGAGGUGGAGGGUCUGAAACGUCUGAUGACAGAGAUCCUUGGGCGACAGGACGGCGUGAAACAGGACUGGGUGAUCGAUGACUGUAUCGGCAACUGGUGGCGUCCCAACUUUGAGCCUCCACAGUAUCCCUAUAUUCCAGCUCACAUCACCAAACCUAAGGAGCACAAGAAACUAUUCCUGGUUCAGUUACAGGAAAAAGCGCUGUUUGCUGUCCCCAAGAACUAUAAGCUGGUGGCAGCACCGUUGUUUGAGCUGUAUGACAACGCUCCUGGAUACGGGCCAAUCAUUUCCAGUCUACCACAGCUAUUGAGCAGGUUCAACUUCAUUUACAACUAACUUGAGUGAGGAGAAGUGCGUCUGGUUGUCUCUGUGAGUGCAGCCCUGUCCGAGUGAAGAUGAGAGACUGUGGCCUCAUCUUUAUCUCGGUUUUCACUAAAGAAAAGCUUGUCAUGUCAGGUAUAUUGACAGAUCACAGGGGUGUUUAUACUGUUAGAAGAAAAUAGAAAUGUCAUGCGUCUGGGAUUUUUUUUUUUUUUUAAUCUUGAAAAUUUGCCAGUUUUUGUAGUAUACAAGUCUGUAUUUCAGUGUGAUAAGAAUCUGGUUUUAUGUCCUCAGAGAAGGUCAAUGUUUGAUUAAACAAACUGCAUCGAAGAGUUUCCUGUUGUUUUAACCUGUUGUAAUGCUGUUUUUUUUUUCUUUUUAAUAAAGCAGUACUUUGAGUGUGUUUUUACAUAA